GUUUCGCUAGGGCUGAGCUGGAUUCGUUUACGUCGUCCGGUUGCCCCAUCUAUCUCGGUGCCUCGCGCUUAGCUUUGCAAACACUGCCAGCCAGUGUGCAGCGUGACCGAGUCGGCGCACAGUGCCCAAAUUGGAAUAGAAUUCAAAAUGGCGACGGGGAGCAGACGAUAGGAAAAGGAGUACCAGACAUUGGUAGUUAGGACUUGUUUCAACUGCAGCUUCGUGGGAAUUUCCCCAUUCUGGAAAGAUGGUGUCCCUAGCUGUCUGCAGGAGAAUUGGCCUUGUCUUCCUGGGCAUAGCUCUUGGUCUGACAUUGGCCGUCUGGCGUGGAGUCAUAAAACCACCCGCCACUUUAAUGUCAGCAGAAUGGAGCCCAGGCACUGUCAUCCAUGGCACCCAAAGAACCUUUCCAGACAUAGACAGCCUCAACAUAUCACAAGCCGAAAAAGAGACAAUACGAAUUUCAAGCUGCGUGUCUAACUUUGCCAGUUUCAGGGCAGCCUAUAACUCCGUAAAUCGACCCAAAAUGGAGAUAGAUCGUGUUGAAAGCCAUUCCUAUCUUACAACUAACAGUCGAGUGUUGGAAGUUGGAGGAUACACUGGAGUAGAUGCGGACAAACUAAUCAAGAGAUACAACCCUUAUUAUCUGGCUCUCGAACCCGUACCCCGCUAUUACAAAAUCUUGGAAAAACGCUUCAAAGAUAAUCCCAAAUACAAACUUUUUAAAUUUGGACUGGGUAGGGAGAACAAAACCCUGUUUCUGAAUAUAGAUUCGGAUGCCACGUCACUGUUUCGGGCCAAACAAGCGUCGAGCAAAACCAAGACGGAGGAAGCACAUAUUCAUGAAAUCACGGGCUUCUUUAAACAUAUUGGUAUGUCAGCAAACCCCAUAGACCUGAUCACAAUCAACUGUGAGGGGUGUGAAUUCGAGCUGCUUGAACUGAUAACAGCAUCCGAAAUAGUAAAGUAUUUGAAAAACAUCCAGUUUCAGUUUCACCUUGACCUUCCAGGAAUAACCAAUCAGGAGGCUCGUUACUGCGGGAUCAUGACAUUGUUGUCCAGGACACACAGACCUACUUUUCAGUAUUCCUACAUAUGGCAGAGCUGGAGACUGAAAAUUUGAUUUCACGGUUUCAGAUUAUUAAUCGAUCUUGGGUUUAGUUUCUUGGUACAGAUACAUAAAAAGGUGGUGAAUAUUUAAUUUAUGAUUGAAGUGUGUGUCCACGUAUUAAUACUGAAAAAUCCAUUCAGUAUGCUGCAAUACAAACACUGCAAGUCCAUGUCAGCCCAAUAUUUCAGUUUUCAAUUUUUGUUGUAGAUUUGUCAAAAUACCUAAUAAUUCAAUUCAUAGCAUAAUUAUUUCUUCGCCGGGGGCAUUUAUUUUAAAUACGCGUGUGUAAGUUCAUAUGUCUUAAUGGGCAUGCGAUCAUGAGGGAUCAUUGUAUGUAUGUGAGGUAAUCCUUUCUUUCAUUUCUAAAAAUAAACAGAAAUGAACUGAA